ACCCUUGUGCCCUCAGGGUUCCUAUCUUCUCUGUUUUCCCUCCUUUCUGCUGUCCGUCGGCCAUGGAAUCCGGUUGAAGAAAAAGAAGCUCCAACCAAUUAUCAGGCAAAGAAAGACAAAAGAGAGAUGCGCCGUCUUGCUCAUUCCAAUCGUUAUAAAAAACUAGCCUUCUUAUCUUCUUCUUCUUCUUCUUCCUCCUCCUCGGCCUCAACUGUUGCUUUUUCUGCCAUAUCUCGCAUGGGCUCCAAAUUCUCGCCCAAACCCGCCACAGCUUCCGUCCCUCUCUUCCAACCUCUUCCUUCUCCAUUUUCUUCCAGUACAAAUCUAUGCCGCGCCGGGAAGCGCUUGCUCCCAGUGCUAUGUUCGAAACCCACUUCUAGAAACAAUUCUCGCUCCCUCUACACCAAUGGGCAUGCGACUCUUCCGAUUCCCAAACCAGUUUCAGCUGAUUUGGCGGUGGGCGGGGGCUGGAAGAGCGACGCCUUGCGCCAUCAAUUGGCAGAGUGUGGAAUUGAAGUGGAUGACUUAUCCCCCGGUCAGCAUAGCGGCUUAUUGUGUCCAAAGUGCCAAGGUGGUGAUUCAGGAGAGAAGUCUUUCUCUAUUCUCAUAAACGCUGAAGGUGCUAGAGCAUCAUGGAUAUGUCAUAGGGCGAAAUGUGGAUGGACUGGGGGAACGAAACAUGCUACCAGUUCGACCUCUAGAAACCCAGUCCAACAAGGUACUCGCAAAAAGCAAACAAGAGAAAUUACAGAGGAGAGUCUGCAGUUGGAACCAUUAUGCAGUGAGCUUGUUGGUUACUUCAAAGAACGGGACAUAUCUCGUGAAACUUUGGUGAGAAAUCGUGUUAUGCAGAAGGCUUAUGGCAAUCAGAUUGUUAUUGCUUUUACUUAUCGAAGAAAUGGGAGACUGGUAAGCUGCAAGUAUCGAGACAUUCACAAGAAAUUCUGGCAGGAAAAGGAUACCGAAAAGAUAUUCUAUGGGCUGGAUGACAUUAAGGGGGCUGAUGAUAUUAUCAUUGUUGAAGGUGAAAUGGACAAGCUUGCAAUGGAAGAGGCUGGAUUCCGGAAUUGUGUGAGUGUGCCUGAUGGGGCCCCUCCAUUGGUUUCGUCCAAGGAUUUGCCACCCGAAUCCCAGGACACGAAGUAUCAGUAUCUUUGGAAUUGCAAAGAUUAUUUGAAGCAGGCAUCUCGAAUCAUACUUGCUACUGAUGGAGACCCUCCUGGUCAAGCAUUGGCAGAAGAGCUUGCACGGCGUCUGGGAAGAGAAAGAUGCUGGCGAGUCAAAUGGCCAAGGAAAAAUGAAGAUAGUUAUUGCAAAGAUGCAAAUGAGGUGCUAAUGUAUUUGGGCCCUCAAGCAGUGAAGGAUGCAAUUGAUGAUGCUGAACUAUAUCCCAUUAAAGGAUUAUUCCUCUUCAGAGAUUUCUUUGAUGAAAUUGACUCAUAUUACCAUCAAACUCAAGGAUACCAUUUUGGUGUCUCAACAGGAUGGAGGUCUUUGGAUGGGCUGUACAGUGUUUUGCCAGGAGAGUUGACGAUAGUAAGCGGGGUUCCGAAUUCUGGCAAGAGUGAGUGGAUUGAUGCUCUCUUAUGCAACCUCAAUAAAAGUGCUGACUGGAAAUUUGCUCUUUGCUCUAUGGAGAACAAGGUUCGGGACCAUGCGAGGAAGCUGAUGGAGAAAUAUGUUAGAAAGCCAUUUUUCGAUGCUCCGUGAGUUGGUGUUAUUUAUUGCUGAAGUUUUUUUUUGUUCUAACCUAUGUCCAUCCCCCACUCCAUUUUUCUUGCAAGUUGUUUCUUGUUGCAAUUCUUGUGCUAUUACUAGCUUGAUUUCAACAUGCUUUCCUGUUUAUCAUUGUUUUUCUUCUCUUGUUACUCAUCCCAGUAAGUUGUAUAACCAUAGAUCACUGUUUAGGGGCGGAUCUAUUAUCAUUGUUAAUGUUUGAUGUACUGUGAAAUCAUGUAGAGAUUUCUUGGAGUGGUAUUUUUUUUUAACUAGGGUCUCUCUUGGGUGUCACCCUUUUGCUUGUUCAAAAAUUUGGUAGACUUUUCUUCCUGUCCAUCAUAGGUAUGGCGAAUCUGCGGAAAGAAUUGAUGUCAUGGAGUAUGAGCGUGGGAAGCAGUGGUUGAAUGAUACAUUCUACCUGAUAAGAUGCGAAGAUGAUGCACUUCCAAACAUAAGAUGGGUUCUUAGUCUGGCGAAAGCAGCAGUCCUUAGAUAUGGUGUCCGUGGGCUUGUAAUUGAUCCUUACAACGAACUUGAUCAUCAGCGGCCACCUAAUAUGACCGAAACAGAGUACGUGAGUCAGAUGCUGACUCUGGUAAAAAGAUUUGCUCAGCACCAUUCAUGUCAUGUGUGGUUCGUUGCACAUCCCAGACAGCUGCACAACUGGAUCGGAGGCCCCCCUAAUAUGUAUGAUAUAAGCGGGAGUGCACAUUUCAUAAACAAAUGUGAUAAUGGGAUCAUCAUUCAUCGCAACAGAAAUCCAGAGGCUGGGGACAUUGAUCAAGUCCAGAUUUGUGUUCGGAAGGUCCGAAACAAGGUCGUGGGAACCAUAGGCGACGCCUACUUGUCAUACAACAGGGUUACUGGUGAGUUCAGGGAUACCGAAACCCAUCACCGAAAAUGAUUGUGGGGGAAGGUGGAAAUGGUUUGUGGAGGGUUGGAAGAGACCAGAGAGAAGACUGCAUUUCCCAAUAUGGAGAUGAUACGCUGGAUGAAACCAAACCUCUUCAUACUUGUAAUGUCGGCAAAAUGUUAAUAUUGGAAGUGA